AUGAUAAUUUGCUGUCCUAUCGUUUUCAAGAACAAAGCUAAAAUGGAAGAUCUAUCGUCACAAAGAGAUAAAGAUGUUAUGUUGAUAGCACCUUCAAAUUCUGUCGAAGUUGAUAUCCCUAUUUGUGAGAUUGAUCCAAAACAAGAGAAUUUUGGUAUUGACUCUACAAGUGUUGAAGAGGCAAGGGUUUAUCUUUCGAAAUUGAGAAUUGCCAAUGCUCCACUAAAUGAGCAGAAACAAGGUGAAAUCUAUUUGAAAAAAUUGGAAAGAUAA